AUGCCAGAUGGUUCAGCUACUAGAAGAGAAUGGAUUUCUUACUCUUGUAGUAAAGAUAAAAUAUUUUGCAUUUAUUGCAUAUUAAUCGUAAAUGAAAAAAGUACUGUAUGGACUAGCACAGGCUUCAGCAGUUGGAAUAAAGCAUCUGAGAGAAUAGUGAUGCACGAAACAUCAUCAAAUCAUAUUGAAGCUUGUCUUAAAAUUAAAUUGGAAGAUACAUGUUUGCCUCUUUUGCCUAGUAUGUUAAAAGCAAGAAAUGAGUUUGUUGCAAAAAAUCGUAUGAUUGUUGAAGCUAUUAUAGAAAUAAUUUUAUACUUAGCUAGACAUUCCCUUGCUUUUCGAGGACACCGAGAAAGUUGGUCGGACAAUUUAAGAGGAAAUUUUAAAGAUCUAGUUUGCUUACUGGGCAAAUAUCAUCCUAUCUUAGCAACUUACAUUGUUGGGCAUCAAGAAAAAAAUAAAAACAAGUAUGAUUUUAUUUCAUGGAGACGGCAAAAUCAAAUUAUAGAAUCUUUAGCUAGUUAUACUCGUGUUGUGAUUUUGAAACAGAUAAAAACUGCCAAAUUUUUUAGUCUUACAAUGGAUGGUACCUUUGAUAACUCUAGAAAAGAACAGUUAGCAUUUGUGAUAAGAUAUUUAAAUGAAGAUAGUGGAGAAAUCAAUGAAAGGUUAAUUAACUUAAAAGAAUGCAAUAAUACGUCUUCUGAACAAUUGUUUAAUAUUUUUGAAAACAUUUGUAAUGACAAUUCUUUAAAUUGGAAAGAUUAUUUAGUGGGACAGUCCUAUGAUGGGGCUAGUAAUAUGCGUGGUUCAUAUAAUGGUCUCCAAGCUAUAAUUAGGCGUUCUAAUACAGCUGCUAUUUUUGUGUGGUGUUAUUCACACCGACUGAAUUUGGUCCUUACCGAUGCAGUUAGUUCCUCUGUGAAUGCUGUUGAUAUGUUUGGAAUUAUAGAAACUGUACAUGAUUUUAUUAAUUCAAGUAAGAAAAGGGUUGCAUUAUUUGAACUACAUCAAGAAAAAUGUUAUGGUAAUAAACAACGUAAACGUCGAUUUAAAAGGGUUCAGACAACAAGGUGGUGGUCCCAUGAUUUGGCAUUAAACACAGUAUUGUAUACAUUUGAUGCAUUAUGUGACACAUUAGAAGAACUUCAAAAAAGUGAAAGUUUAAGUGAUCGAAAAGGAGCCCACCAAGCAAAAUGUUUAAAAGAAAAUUUAAUUUGUGACAAAUUUUUGUUGACUGCAUUUAUUUACAAACAAUUAUUUGAAAUUGUGACACCUUUAAGUAAAAUGUUACAAACUGUAGACAUAGACCUAAUUGGAGUUAUAGCUGUAGUCGAUGACAAAAUAUGUGAACUAAAAAAUGCCAGAAGUGAUGAAAACUUUUUAAAAUUACAGGAAAAAGUUGAUAGGUUUAAAAUGUGUUCAUCUGUGGAUAACGAAGAUUUUAAACUAUUGCCACUAAAUCGCUCAAAGAGAGUUCCAAAAAAGUCUGCUGAAGAAACCCAAGAUGAAGUAAUCACUGAUCCACUUCAACAUUUUAAAAUUCAAACUUUUUUUGUUGCAUAUGAUACUGCAAUAAUACAGAUUAAAGAAAGGUUCAGUGAAAUCACCAAGGGUAUUUACAAAGAUUUGUCCUUAUUUUCUCGGAGACGUUUGGAAGAAAUUUCAAAAAAUAAUGAUCUAUUACCUAAAGAUGCAUUUGAUGUGUUUUCUGAUGUUUACAGUAAAUUUAUACUGAAAGAUGAUUUAAAAAGGGAAUAUUUGCAGUUUUCUAAAAGUUAUUUCAAUUUUGAACAAGUGAAAUUAUUGCCCUUGCAAUUGCAUAACUCUGAAAUAGAAAUUUAUGAUGACCUCAGUGGUUCAUUGACUGAUGAAGCAUCAGAAUCAGAAAUAGAAGAUAUUUUUGAGAACAAUCACGAUAGGCAAGACAAAGAAGUACCAAAACUUCAUAAAAAUGGAUGCAGUUUGUCAAUUGUUUUAAAGGUUUUGCUAAUCAGUGGCCUAUCAUCUACAUUCCCAAUGCUUACUACUGCCUUAAAAAUUGCUGUUACUCUCCCAGUGGCCAGUACUACUCCAGAGAGAACAUUCUCAAAGUUAAAUAUUGUGAAAAAUAAAUUACGUAGUACUAUGGCAGAAGGUAGACUUGAAAGCUUAAUGAUACUUUCGUGUGAAUUGGAUAUCAAAAUUGAAACUGAUCAAAUAAUCAACGAUUUUGCCAGAAAAAGUGUAUUGUUAGAAAAAGCAUUAUUGUACUAA